GUUUGGGGUUUAACGCUUUAGAGGCGGGUUCGCAUUAUGUGGGAAAGUUGUCGUAGUAAGUGUGCCACGUCUGCUGGGAAGCGGUAGUCAUGAACUUGCCAAAGGCCGUUGUCUUGAAGCCUUCAAAUACUUUCUUAGUUCUAUGAGGUCGGGGGCCCUUUCUCUGUUUUUGUAGGAACUUUCCUGCGCCAGCAGCAUGAGGCUUUUUUUGUGGAACGCGGUGCUGACGUUGUUGGUCACUUCUUUGAGUGGGGCUCUGAUCCCUGAACCAGAAGUGAAGAUUGAGGUGCUCCAGAAGCCGUUCAUCUGCCAUCGCAAGACCAAAGGGGGAGAUUUGAUGUUGGUCCACUAUGAAGGCUACUUAGAAAAGGAUGGCUCCUUAUUUCACUCCACUCACAAACAUAACAAUGGUCAGCCCAUUUGGUUUACCUUGGGCAUCCUGGAGGCUCUCAAAGGUUGGGACCAGGGCUUGAAGGGAAUGUGUGUAGGAGAGAAGAGAAAGCUCACAAUUCCUCCUGCCCUGGGCUAUGGAAAAGAAGGAAAAGGUAAAAUUCCCCCAGAGAGUACACUGAUAUUCAACAUUGAUCUCCUGGAGAUUCGAAAUGGACCAAGAUCCCAUGAGUCAUUCCAAGAAAUGGAUCUUAAUGAUGACUGGAAACUCUCUAAAGAUGAGGUUAAAGUAUAUUUAAAGAAGGAGUUUGAAAAGCAUGGUGCAGUGGUGAAUGAAAGUCAUCAUGAUGUUUUGGUGGAGGAUAUUUUUGAUAAAGAAGAUGAAGACAAAGAUGGAUUUAUAUCUGCCAGAGAAUUUACAUAUAAACAUGAUGAGUUAUAAAGACACAUCUGCCCAUUUUAUAUGGCAUCCAUCCUUAAAGACAGGGCAACCAUUUUAAAAGAAGGUCUUAUUUUUAAAUAAUGUGCUGUUCCUGUUCUGGUUCUAUAUAUAUAUAUAUAUAUAUUUUUUUUCUGAAUAUUAUUUCAAAAACCCCUUAAGAUUCCUAAGUGCCCAUUUCUUUCUGGUGAGUUAUUGGGAAGAAAAAAAUUAAUUUGUCUUUGAACGGAAGACUGCUGAACUAUUUUCCACUUUCACAUAUGAAGCCUUAUGGUUUACUUGCUUACUUGUAAUUUUAAAACAUUGCACCCAGAAGCAUGCCCAACAAAUCGGCACCCUCUAUUUCUCCUUCCCUCUAUUUUCUCCAAGUUAGAUACUGACAUUUGAGAAACCUUUUGCAAUAGCCCAAGGCUUACUAUUUUCAUGUUAUAAUGAAACAGUGGGUCUGUAACUGCCUUUGAGUCUCUGCUUAAGGAAAAGAGGAAACUGGUUGUUGAUUUGGGCUUGUAACAGUUACUGCUCUACUGAGAUGUGUAAGGCUGAAGUGAGUAACAAAGUUAAUAACUUAUAAAUAUGUAUACAUUGAAACAUUCUGCCCAGGACUUAAGUUUUAUAAAGUUUGGUUCCUAGUGACUAAUAAUCUAUAAUGAGAAAUAGGACAAAUUAUUUAUGUGUCUGGCUCUUCAUAAUAACGGGUCAAAACAUUGUUGCUGAGGUAGAGAGUUGUAUCUAGUCAAUGUUUAAGUCUAGCAGAUUACCCUUCCUGGUUUAUUAAUGAAUAAAAUCUAUUACUAAUGUAUUAUACUACAGUAACAUUGUAUCAUGAGAGAAAUUAGUAAGCCAAUCGAAAAUUUCCCAUUUCUGCUCAUCAAAAAAUGACAUGGAUCCACAGCUGCUACUAUUGCAUAAAAAUCUGUCCUGCUUCAAAAAAAUGGAUGAUUUUAUAAUUUUACCUGAAAUUGGCUUUUAUCCUUUUCCUUUACAAAAGCUCCCAAAUCUCCAUUUACUAAGAGUAGUUCUUUAUCAUUUACAAAGUGAACUCAAGUGCAUCAUUGUCUUUGAUUCUCAUUGCUCUGAGCCCUGUGGGGGGGGGGGGGGAAACUGGUGGAUCUUAAUGUAACUGUUUUCUGGAUGAGGACAUUAUCCUUCAAAGAGAUUGAUUGCUUUGUCCGAGGUCAACAGCUAACUUGUGCAAACAGAUCGCAGUCCCCAAGUUCAGUAUGUUUGUUUUGCCCUCUACUAGUGAAAAAGCAAAACUUCCCUUUGAACUCAUUGGACCUGAUUCUCUCUUCACUUUGCUCUCAAAGCAGUCAGCUCUGUUUUUUUUUUUUAUUUUAUUUUAUUUUUUUUAUCUUUGGCUCCUUAUCCUCUGAAGAUGGUGAACUGGCUGUUGUAGGUACUUUUGAAUUCUUCCCCUGAUCUAGGAAAGGCUCUGGUUUCAUUGAAUAGUCUUGGGGUUAGCACUGAAUUGCCUCAAAAACCCUGUCCUGUGAGAAGAUCCAGGCAUGUUUCUUAGUCCUUUCAUGCUUGUUUACCUCUAGGUUUUUAAAUUUUGUUUUGUUUUGUUUUGUUUUGUUUUGUUUUGUUUUGUUUUAGAGAGUCAUGAACAAUUAUUGCAUCAUAUACAGGCUACUUUUGCCACUUAUCUGUUGACAUUUUCCUCACCAGAACAUAAAGUUCUUGAGAAGAACAUAUAUAACACCUUUUUUCUGAUGAAAUCAGCUAUAUGUCAAAAACUCUUAAAUUGUCACUGCUAUUUUCCUCAACCCGGAGGAGUUAUGAACCACAAUACAGAAAGCCUUAUGCUGUCUGUGUUCGUCGGGAAGGAGAGAGCUUGUCACGUGGUAACACCUUGUAUAGACGUUAUUGGCGAUGCUAUCUCCGGUAAAGCAGGCAAAGCAAAAAGAAUUGUGAUUAUUUGGGCAGCAUACUUCUUUAUAUGUGAGUUUACAUAAAUUCUCAUCUAAAUCUUUAGGCACAAACAUGAAAUGAAAGCAUAUAAAUAGGUUAUGGUCGUUUUUAAGCAUCUGCCUUUGGUUUAGCUGCACCUCUACCCCUUUCCAUUCGUGGGAAUAAUCAGACAUGAACCGUGACCUCACUUGUAAUAUAAUUUGACUCAUUAAUAUUGCUAGAUAUGUCCUACUUAAGUUUAUAUGACCAUGUUGUAUUCUUUUCAAAAUAAACUUUAUUUGGGGAAUGA